AUGACUCCAAAAGCUUUACAUCAGAUACUGUCUUUCGAUAUAGGUAUUACAGCCGGUCUAAAAAAAGCGGAAGGUUUCUUGGAAGUUCCAGUUGCAAAGCUUGAUUCAACACGAUUGAUAAAACUUCCAUCUUACUGGUUAAAGGAUGUCGAUUUAAUGACGAACUUCCCCGAUGGCAUCGAGAUUUAUCGUACAACAUCUUAUUAUAAAAAAUCAAUGAAUGCAUAUUGUGUGGUAUUUGACCCUAAAGCGAAUAUAGAGAUGAAGCCUGUAAUGUCAUCCAUAAACAAGAAGCCAAGUGAAUUAUAUGCAAAAGAAAAAGGAGUCAAAUACGGCUGCAUUAAUGGUGGCUAUUUUGGCACCCAAGUUUCCUACAGCCUGGUGUUGUGUAAUGGCAUUAUGGAUGCUAUUAAUAUUAAAUCAUUAAGUCGAAGGUAUAAUAAUGUUAGUACCACGUAUUACCCUACACGGGGAGCCUUUGGGGUGACCACUACAGAUGUACCAGAAGUUACUUGGGUGUAUCAUGUGGGUAGUGGAAAUGGUACGCUAUUUUCUUACCUGCAACCCAGUCUAAAUAAUGUACGCAAACCGCCACAGUCCAUGCCAACAGCUAAAUUUCCCGCAAAUGCAAGCAUAUGGAAUAUCAACAGCGCAAUUGGUGGAUCACCCGUUUUAAUAAAAAAUAAUAAGAUCAGUAUUACCGAUACCGAAGAACUUAUCGAAAUUGAUAAUAUGUAUUCCAGGGCACGUUCUGCUAUUGGCCAUACUGCAGAUGGAAAAAUUAUUGUGUUAGCUGUUGAAGGCUCAGGAGGAAUAGGCGUAAGUUUGCCACAAAUGGCUCAGUUAAUGAAAGAUAUGGGUUGUACUGCAGCACUUAAUUUGGACGGGGGCGGAUCAACUGCUUUUAUUAUAAAUGGAAAACAAAUAGUAAAGCCUUCUGAUCCUUCUGGAGAACGAGCGGUGAUUAGCGCAAUUAUUAUAAAAGGCAAAUAG